CAACACAUCGCACAUCUCAUGGUCGCCCACACAGCGUUGCCAGACUGGGAGAUUUACCUCCAACUUUGAUUUUUUAUUCAUUUUGAAAAAUUUCUGGUGACACUUUUGUUGUACAGUAUUACUAUUUAGUGGGGUAUUUAAUAUGGCGCCUGGUUGAAACACUGGGAAUUUUUAUUAUGAGGUUGCGGUGGAUUUUUAUUGUAGAUUGGGAUAAAUAAACAUAAUGGUUCUGGCAACCCUGUGACCCAUAGUCCACAGUUCUGUAAAAGUGAUAAGAAUAAUUUUGAAUUUUCGUAUCUAGGAAUAAAACAGAAUCAAAAAUAAAUAUGUAGAAAAUAUUAAUAAUAUAGGUGCUUACUUAUAAAAUUCAUUUUUUAAAAUGUUAAAAAAAGUCUCUGUCGCCAUACUAACAAGAAAAACUAAUUUCUUAAAAACUAUUAAUCAAUUUUCCACCAACCAGCCACAUGUACUCACUAAAGAAAUUGGCGACAAAGCCUUAAUAAUUCUCAAUCGGCCAAAAAACCUAAAUGCUAUGUCCGACAAAUCGCUUGAAGAAUUAAUCAUUUCAUUAAGAAACCUAGAAAACAAGAAAUCUCUAGUUAUACUAAAAUCUGCAUGUGAAAAAGCAUUCAGUGUAGGAGGAGACUUGAUAAAACUAGCAGCAGCUGGUGAAAAAAAUGAUACUAAAUAUCUCGAAGAUGUCGUUAUGUUUUUAAAUGUGAAUAUUUAUUUAAUUUAUAAAUAUAAAAUUCCUAUAGUAGCCUUAAUGGAUGGUUACACAAUGGGAGGUGGAAUGGGAAUCUGCGCAUUUGCACCAUUUCGAAUUGCGACUGAAAGAACAAUAUUUGCUAUGCCUGAGGUCAAGCUAGGUUUCCAUCCUAAUGCUGCAGCUACACAUUUCUUUAAUAGAACCAAAAAUAAACUUGGUUACUACUUAGCUUUAACUGGUAGCAAUCUUAGAGGAUCUGAUGUUUUAAAAGCUGGUUUUGCUACACAUUACUGCCAUAGUAAAAACUUGAAAAGAUUAGAAGAAUCAAUUUUAAAUUGCUCAGAUACUGAUCAUAUUAAAAGCAUUAUUGAUGGCAUUUGCGAAAAAACUGUACCAGAACUUUCUUUAAAUCCUGUAUUCAAUAAUAUUGAGAAUUGUUUCUCAGGACCCACAGUUGAAAAAAUUAUUUCAAGAUUGAAGGACGACGGUUCAAGUUUGGCUAGAGAAACUCUUAAUACAUUAAAUAAAUAUUCGCCAACUUCUUUAAAAGUGAUAUUGAAGCAGUUACAAAUAGGUCGGAAUAUGAAUUUGGCAGAUAUAUUAAUUAUGGAAAGCAACAUUACUGUAAAUUUUUAUUCUUUUCCUGAUGUUAUCGAAGGUACAAGAAUUGUUCUUAAAGACAAAAGUGAUACUCCUAUAUGGAAACCACCUAAAUUAGAAGAUGUAACUGAAGAAAUAAUAAACAGUCAUUUUAAACCUGUUGGAGAAGCUAAGCAAAAAAGAUUAUUGGCCGAAUUAACAAAUUGGAAAGAAUAAAUAAACUGUGUCCUGGUAUUAAAAAUUAUUGUUCAUAUUUUAAGCAAAAUAUGACAAUAAAAU